GUGUCCUCUCGCCAUGGCUUCAGGAAGUGUGUCACAUUCUCAACUUUUACACACGUUGGUAACGUUAGGUUCAUGAAUCAGGGCAUUGUGCAGGUAUGAGGUCCCACCUGUUGGCACAUCUUCUCUCUCUGCUUCUGGCAGCAGGGACAGAUGUCACAGGGAAGAAGGUAGACAGGAAGCCCAACUUUGUUCUGAUUAUGGUGGACGACCUGGGCAUCGGUGAUGUUGGAUGCUACGGUAACGACACCAUCAGAACUCCUAACAUAGACAGACUUGCUUCUGAAGGGGUGAAGCUGACUCAGCACAUUGCAGCUGCUCCUCUCUGCACCCCAAGCCGGGCGGCAUUCAUGACAGGGCGCUACGCACUCCGCUCAGGACUGGGUAGCACAGGCCGUGUGCAGGUGCUGCUGUUCCUUGGAGGUUCAGGGGGGCUGCCACCCAGUGAGACCACCUUCGCUAAAAGGUUACAGCAAGAAGGAUACACCACCAGCUUAGUGGGUAAGUGGCACUUGGGUGUGAACUGUGAACACAGAGGGGACCACUGCCACCAUCCGAACCAGCAUGGCUUCAACUAUUUCUACGGUCUGCCUUUCACCCUGUUCAAUGACUGUGUGCCCGGACAGGGGAGUGAUAUCCUGGCAGACAUCCAGCACACACUACGAAAUCUGACCAUAUUGCUUGGAAUUGGACUUAUUACUCUGGUGUGUGUCCGUGUGUGUGGCCUCUUUGAAGUCAGCCUGUGGCUAUUUGUAGCAGUUUCUUUUUUCAGUAUCCUAGCAACCGCUGUGUGGUACAUGCCCUUUAAACUCCUGCCGACUUGGAACUGCAUCAUCAUGAGGAACCAAGAAGUAAUCGAACAGCCAAUGACAGUGGAGACACUGCCCCAGAGGCUGCUGGGAGAAGCACACAACUUUAUAAAGAGGAAUGUUGAUAAUCCAUUCCUCCUAUUCUUCUCAUUGGCCCAUGUCCACACACCACUUUUUAUAACCCCCGGCUUUGCUGGCAAAAGUCACCAUGGUCGCUACGGUGAUAACCUAGAAGAAGUUGACUGGAUGAUCGGUAAAAUCACAGAGACAGUGGACUCCCUUGGCCUAGCCAACAAUACUCUGAUGUACUUUACAUCAGACCACGGUGGACACCUAGAGGAUGCUGAUUCCAUCAUCGGCCAGAAAGGAGGCUGGAACGGCAUUUAUAAAGGUGGGAAAGCUAUGGGAGGCUGGGAGGGGGGGAUCAGGGUGCCUGGUAUUUUCCGCUGGCCUGGCAGACUGGCAGCUGGAAGAGUAGUGGACGAACCCACCAGCCUCAUGGACCUGUAUCCAACACUGAAAUAUUUGGCCAAGGACACACAACCAGACAGACAAUCAGAUGGCUAUAACCUCAUGCCACUGUUGGAAGGGAAGGUAGAGCGAUCAGAGCAUGAAUUUAUGUUCCAUUACUGUGGAAUCUACCUGAAUGCGGCACGCUGGCACCCACCUGGAAGUGACUCCGUGUUCAAGGUGCACUUUUUCACUCCCAACUUUUCUCCCCCGGGUGCCAGUGGAUGCUAUGACACUAAGAUCUGUUUAUGUCAUGGAGAACAUGUGACGCACCACAGCCCCCCGCUGCUUUACGACCUUUUCCACGAUCCCUCAGAGUCCCGCCCACUGACACCUGAUACUGAGCCGCGAUACGCUGAAAUCCUCGAGCAGACCGCCAAAGCUGUGGAGAGACAUCGAAAUACCCUCACAAACAAGCAGGCAUCUGAUGAUACUCAUUCACACCCCAACGCGGAUGCGCCCAGCGUUCAGAGCCAGAUGACAUGGGACAAGAUUCUGUGGAGACCCAGUCUUCAGCCCUGCUGUGGGACUUUUCCAUUCUGUGGCUGCAAGGAAGACACAACGCAUAUUUAAGGAAAAAAGUCCACCAGACGGUCCUGCAAAGUUAAAAAAAAAAAAAAAAAAGAUGUGACAUGAAAAUGUUUGACCUAUAGAUCUGCUGUAAAAUAUAAUUAGUUAUAGUAAUGCUUUGUUUAAUCUAAAAU